AUGUUACUGAAUCAUCUUCGUGCAUUUUCUACUUCAUCAAAAUUGUCAAAUAAAAUAAAAGUCAAAAAUCCAAUUGUUGAAUUAGAUGGGGAUGAAAUGACUAGAAUUAUAUGGGCUAAAAUUAAAGAUGAAUUAAUUCAUCCUUAUUUAGAUGUAGAUUUAAAAUAUUAUGAUUUAGGAAUUGAAUCAAGAGAUGCUACUGAUGAUCAAAUUACAAUAGAUGCUGCUCAUGCCAUUCAAAAAUAUGGAGUUGGUGUGAAAUGUGCAACUAUUACUCCAGAUGAAGCAAGAGUUAAAGAAUUUAAUUUAAAAAAGAUGUGGUUAUCACCAAAUGGUACUAUUAGAAAUAUUUUAGGUGGUACUGUUUUCAGAGAAAGUAUUAUUAUCCCAUGUAUUCCAAGAUUAGUUCAAGGUUGGAAAGAACCUAUUGUAAUAGGUAGACAUGCAUUUGGGGAUCAAUAUAAAGCUAAAGAUUUAGUGAUUAAAGAACCUGGUAAAUUAGAAUUAAGAUUUACUCCAGAAAAUGGUGGAGAACCAGAAACUUACUCAGUAUAUGAUUAUAAAGGUCCAGGUGUUGGAUUAGCCAUGUAUAAUACUGAUGAAUCAAUCACUGGUUUUGCUCAUGCUUCAUUUAAAAUGGCAUUAGCCAAAAAUUUACCAUUAUAUAUGUCUACUAAAAACACAAUUUUGAAAAAAUAUGAUGGUAGAUUCAAAGACAUUUUUCAAGAAAUAUAUGAAUCAGACUAUAAACAACAAUUUGAAAAACAAGGUUUAUGGUAUGAACAUAGAUUAAUUGAUGAUAUGGUUGCUCAAAUGAUCAAAUCAAAAGGUGGGUUUGUCAUGGCUUUAAAGAAUUAUGAUGGAGACGUUCAAUCGGAUAUUGUCGCUCAAGGAUUUGGUUCAUUAGGUUUAAUGACCUCAGCAUUAAUGACCCCAGAUGGAUCAGCUUAUGAAUCGGAAGCUGCUCAUGGAACGGUUACAAGACAUUAUAGACAACAUCAACAAGGUAAAGAAACAUCUACAAAUUCAAUAGCCUCUAUUUUUGCGUGGUCAAGAGGUAUUGCUCAAAGAGGUAAAUUAGAUAAUACUCCAGAAGUUGUUGAAUUUGCCAACAAAUUAGAGAAAGCUACUAUUGAUACAGUUCAAGAAGAUAGAAUAAUGACAAAGGAUUUAGCUUUAGCAAUGGGCAAAACUGAUAGAUCAAGUUAUGUUACCACUACCGAAUUUUUAGAUGCUGUUGCCAACAGAUUAAAACAGUAG